ACCAUUUAGUAGUCUCUAUUUCCUUUUGGUUUCUUUUUGUUUCUAUUUUCCUCUAAGAAAUCCAAGGUUUUAAAAAUGGCGGAAUCGGUGGAGCUGCCGGGUCGUUUAGCGAUCCUUCCAUUCAGAAACCAAGUUUUAUUGCCUGGCGUCUUUAUUCGGAUUCGCUGCACUUCACACACCAGUGUGAAAUUGGUGGAACAAGAAUUAUGGCAGCGAGAAGAGAAAGGAUUAAUUGGGAUUCUUCCUGUUCGAGAUGCUGCUGAGAUGACUUCAAUGGAUUCUGUGUUAUCUCAAGGUGUAGCAAGUGAAUCCGGAGAGCGGAGCUCAAAAGUUCAGAUUAACACAUCAGAUGCUCAGAAGAUUGAUGGGAAAAGCCACCCUGAAGUUAUUCAUUGGCAUAAAAGGGGUGUGGCUGCACGAGCUUUGCAUCUAUCUAGAGGAGUGGAGAAACCGAGUGGGAGGGUCACAUACAUUGUGGUCCUUGAAGGUUUAUGCAGAUUCAAUGUAGAAGAACUUAACACACGAGGACCUUACUGCACUGCAAAGAUAUCUCCGCUUGAGAUGACUAAGGCUGUUUUUCUAGAGAUGGAGCAAAUCGAGCAAGAUCCAGAAUUUGUAACAUUGUCUCGCCAAUUCAAAGCAACUGCAAUGGAGCUUAUUUCUGUUCUUGAGCAGAAACAAAAAACUGGUGGAAGGAUAAAAGUUCUUUUGGAGACGCUUCCUCUUCACAAAUUGGCUGAUAUAUUUGUUGCUAGCUUUGAGAUGAGUCUUGAAGAGCAGCUCUCUAUGUUGGAUUCUGUUGACCCUAAAGUAAGGCUUUCAAAAGCUACCGAGUUAGUUGACAGGCAUUUGCAGUCAAUACGUGUAGCUGAGAAGAUUACACAAAAGGUUGAAGGGCAAUUGUCAAAAUCACAGAAGGAGUUUCUUUUGCGACAACAGAUGAGGGCCAUAAAAGAGGAGCUUGGAGACAAUGAUGAUGAUGAGGAUGAUUUGGCUGCCUUGGAAAGAAAGAUGCAGAGUGCUGGGAUGCCUUCAAAUAUCUGGAAGCAUGCUCAGAGGGAGUUGAGGAGGCUUAAGAAAAUGCAACCGCAACAACCUGGAUACAAUAGUUCACGUGUCUACUUGGAGCUUCUUGCUGAUCUGCCUUGGCAGAACGCCAGUGAAGAACAGGAACUGGACCUGAAGGCUGCGAAAGACCGUCUCGACAGUGACCAUUAUGGUUUAGUCAAGGUCAAGCAACGAAUAAUCGAGUAUCUAGCUGUUCGGAAGCUUAAGCCAGAUGCAAGGGGUCCAGUUCUGUGCUUUGUUGGCCCACCGGGUGUUGGUAAAACAUCAUUAGCAUCAUCGAUUGCUGCUGCUUUGGGAAGAAAUUGUGUUCGCAUAUCUUUGGGUGGUGUCAAGGAUGAGGCUGAUAUACGAGGGCAUAGGAGAACAUAUAUUGGAAGUAUGCCUGGGCGUCUUAUUGAUGGGUUAAAGAGAGCAGGUGUUUGCAACCCAGUCAUGCUAUUGGAUGAGAUUGACAAGACAGGUUCUGAUGUCCGUGGUGAUCCAGCUUCAGCUCUGCUGGAGGUUCUCGAUCCGGAGCAGAAUAAAUCUUUCAAUGAUCACUAUUUGAAUGUGCCAUAUGAUCUUUCAAAGGUGAUUUUUGUCGCUACUGCUAAUAGGGCGCAGCCUAUUCCUCCUCCACUCUUAGACAGGAUGGAGGUCAUUGAGCUGCCUGGAUAUACAGCUGAAGAAAAGCUCAGAAUAGCCAUGCAACAUUUAGUUCCACGAGUUUUGGAUCAGCAUGGAUUGAGUUCCGAGUACCUUCAAAUUCCAGAGGCCAUGGUUAAACUUGUCAUUCAGAGGUACACCAGGGAAGCCGGUGUCCGGAAUCUCGAGAGGAACUUGGCUGCCUUGGCUCGUGCUGCUGCUGUAAGAGUCGCUGAGAAAGAACAGGCUGUCUCAGUUAGUAAAGAUGUUCAGAAACUAGCGUCUCCACUGCUGGAUAAUAGGCUUGCUGAGGAAGAGGAGGUGGAAAUGGAAGUCCUUCCAAUGGGUGUAAAUAAUCAUGAGAUGUCUAAUACAUUCAAAAUUUCUUCACUUUUGGUUGUUGACGAGGUUAUGCUGGAAAAAAUAUUGGGGCCUCCUAGGUUUGAUGACCAAGAAGCUGCAGAUCGUGUUGCCACUCCUGGAGUAUCUGUUGGGCUUGUUUGGACCACUUUUGGAGGAGAGGUUCAGUUUGUGGAGGCUACAGCAAUGGUUGGAACUGGUGAAUUGCAUCUUACUGGGCAACUUGGUGAUGUUAUUAAAGAAUCCGCACAAAUAGCAUUGACAUGGGUAAGAGCCAGGGUGGCAGAUCAUAAGUUGGCAGCUGCUGAAGAAAUCAGUCUUCUGCAUGGUAGAGAUAUUCAUAUACAUUUUCCAGCUGGGGCUGUACCAAAGGAUGGACCAUCAGCCGGUGUGACCCUUGUAGCGGCAUUGGUUUCUUUGUUUAGUCAGAAAAGUGUGAGAGCAGAUACUGCAAUGACCGGAGAAAUGACGUUGAGGGGUCUUGUGUUACCUGUUGGUGGUAUCAAGGAUAAGAUACUAGCAGCACACCGUCAUGGUAUCAAGAGAGUUAUUCUACCAGAGAGAAAUUUGAAGGACUUGGUUGAAGUACCUGCAUCUGUGCUCUCCUCACUAGAGAUACUUGUGGCGAAGCGAAUGGAAGAUGUGUUGGAGCACGCAUUUGAUGGGGGAUCCCCUUGGGGACCACACAAAAUUGGGACAAAGCUCCUCAAGAGCCGCAUCUAACAUGUAUGUUAUUUUCUAUCCAUCCUUUGUACCAAAGGCUGCUAUGCGAUUGCAGCAAUAGUGGGUGCUAUUUCUGGUAUUGCGGUCGUACAAUAAAGUUUUCGGACGGUACCUUCACUGCUAUAUAACAGCUGAUAUUCUGAUAGUGGACUGCUAUUUAAAUCCCUGAGGCUUAGUCUGUUGUCACAGAUAGAUAAUACAAAGUUGCAGUUAUUUGUUCAGCUGCUACGGCUUUUGGCAAUUUAAUAUCCAAGACAUGUUAAUAAAAAGCUCAGCUGUGAUGGACCCUCGCAAAUAAGGCUUUAUAUACAUCUGUGGAAAUUGCUGGUAUGUAUUCUAUUUUCUUUUUCUUAACACGCUUGUGUCUCUCGCGCUUGCA